UCUAUUGUGCGUGCACACGUGCAGCGCACGCACGCACGCACGCACAGUGAUUGGUUCGGCAGCCAGAGGGAGAGGGCGAGUAUAAAACGUACUUUGAAAAAGUGCACGUUCUGCUACUCUCAACCAGAAUAAUCACAUAUGGACAAGUAAACGUGAGAAAUGAUGUACAGUGUCAAAACACAGAAUGUAUGAUCGUCUUAACUGUAUAGAGCACAUCAAUGUAGACAAUUACCAGCUGAGAACAAACGAAGAGUUAAUAAAAUGGGUAAAGGAGUCAAAACAGCGCCAGGAAUUCAUCCGUUGUACACACAAACGAAGAUAUGCUGCAGGACAGCUGACGGGCGGUUCCGAAGCCAGUACCGAACUAUAAUGGGCAACAUAGCUAUGAUGAGAAGAACCAGGUAUGCUUGAGAUUCUCAGUCCUGUGUCAUAAUCAUCUACACACAGGAAGGAAGUGGAUUGUGACGUAGAGUUCUCUCUCUUUGAAUAGAGUUGAGAUUUUAACUCUCUGAGCUCUCACUUGAAACUGGCAGAAAGAAUCUAAGGAGAGUGGGAUCUUCCAAACUGAAGAGGAAAUGAAAUUAGAAAAGGAAAACUGGGAAAGCAGGCAACAUGAAUCCUACAUUAUGGAUCUGGGGUUGUUCCAGGCUCUGGAGAGAGAAAGAGUCCUGGAGGUUCUUCAGAGAGACAAAGCGCUUCGAACAAUUGAAGCUGGAAGAAUUAGGAGGCUGAGGACAGAAUUGCAAGAGACCUGUCGCCUGGGUGCCAAGACAUUAACGCGUCUGUAUGGUCAGAGAUCAUGUGCACGAUGUCAGCGACGUUUAGGAAAGUUUUGGGACUGUGGGUUUGUGUGCUGUGGAUGUAGUCACCGCAUCUGUAACCAGUGUCGGGUCGUCAGGUCUGCACGGGACUGGAAUUGCACAAUGUGUCAUGCGUACAGGGAAUUUAAGAUCAAAUCUGGGGAAUGGUUUCUGGAACAGCAAGCAAAGAAAUUUUCAUAUGAAAACAAUCACGAGACCACAGGAGACAAAAUAUUACAGUCUUAUCAACGGCUCAGUUUCAUUGCAGUCGUGCCGCCAACACCACCUCCAUUUUAUGAAGCUGCGUCGUUUAACAGAUCACAGGACCUCAAAAAAUCGAAACCUUUUACUAAAUCCAUGGAGAACUUGAUGGUGUCUGUCAGUGCUCACAUAAAAAAGCUCUCCAAAUCUCAGAGUGAUUUGAGUGUGGAAGCAGAUCACCUGACUGUGGAUCAUGGGCUAGCGCAGGGCAAGAGCCAAUCAGAGGGUGCCAUUAACAGAGCCUACAAUCUGUGCAAAGCUCCAAGUCUACCUAAUCUAUCCCAAAACACCAGAGACACAGAGCAGUAUGGUUCAGCAAGUACAGUCUUCCUAACAGAUGACGAUGUUUCAUACACAUCUGCAUACACUGAUGAGCAAAGGGACAGCAAUGGCAGCAUGGUAAUGGAUGAUGGAAACACUUGGGUAACUGGGGAAAUAGAGAUUGCCAUUGCUUACAACAACAGGAUGUCCUGCUUGGAGAUAACUAUCAAAGCUUGCAAAAAUUUGAUGUUUGGAGAUAUGACGAAGAAGAAGAAAUGUUACCCGUAUGUGAAGGUUUGUUUACUCCCAAAGAAACAUCAGAAUAACAAGAUGAAGACGACAGUCAAGAGAGGACAUAACCCGAUUUACAACGAAACAUUCAUGUGUGCUGUUGUUCGUGAGCAGCUGGUCAGCAGUGUAGUUCAGGCCUCAGUGUGGCACACCAGAGGACUCAAGAGAAAGGUGUUUCUGGGUGAGACAUUCAUCCAUCUGGCAGACUGGUGUCUGGAGCACUCAGGAACUCAACGCUCUGUCUGGUGCAAACUUAGUCCAAAGCAGGAACAUCCACAUGGGGGCAAUGAAGAGCUGAUACUCAAAGCACAAUUAAAUUUCCUGCCACAGAAAUCACCACAGACUCACCCACAUACAGAUGAUAUUUUAUUGGGCACACAUGGACAGCUCAUUGUUGUCAUCACUGGCCUACCUAAGCUGCACUCCAUGUCAAAAACAGCCUACAUUGAGGGGAUCCUGUGCCUUCCUGGAGACAGAGAGCUAGUGCAGAGGACUCAAGCGCUGAAGGCGGCGGCCAGUACCCUCCAGAUGAACUUCAGCAGAUUCACGCAUCAGGAACUCUGGCAGGCCACACUGAUGCUCAAUCUAUGGGAGAAAAACAGCUCGAGUCCCACUGAUUGCUUGGUGAGAUCAGCACAGCUGGGAGGAGGAUCAUCAUGGCAACGGCUCCAGCAGAUGCCAGGAGUGUGGCAUGACUUCGUUCUUCCACUGCAUGCAAGCGUCAAUAUAAACAUGAGCUCAUAACUGAAUAAUGUGGAUCCUUUCCAUCAACUCAAAGGUUCGGGCAAGCUGCGGUUGUGCUUAUAAACUCACUUAAAACAGCCAAAAAAUAUCCUUUCACAGAAAAUAAUGCCCAGCUUUUUCCUAAACCAACUGGAUUGAGUGCCUCACGGCCUGUAGUCCAGACUCUCAAUGAACAAUGUAUUUUAUUUUCAAAAAUUAACAAAGAUUCACCCAGAUCUGUUCAUCAUAAAUCUUUAUUUGUAAUAUAAUAAACAGCUUUUCUUAUGAGAAAAUAAAUAAAUCCAGAAAUUGUGACCCUUCGUGAUACUUGGGGUUUUAUAAUAGCAACUCUUUUCUUUUUUAUAUAUAUAUAUAUAUAUAUAUAUAUAUAAUCCUAUUUUUUAGAUUUACACUUUUUAAUUUCAUAGAAUUCCAUCAAAUUGUAUUGAUUGUUUGACUUUAACAACAUUAAAUUAAUAAUAUUUAUGUAAUUUUAUGAAAAUAAAAUGUGUAAAUCUUAAAAAAAAAACAAAGUGUGUGUGAAUAUACAUAUAUAAAUAAGUAUAUGUAUAUACACACCCUGGGUUGACGCAAGUAUUUUAAACUCUUCAUACUUUGGGUUAGUAAUCCACACUGUAUACCUUUGGCACCACAAUUUGGCUUCAUAACCCAGGGUUAAAAGUGGUGCUAACCCCUUUCAAAAUGUCAAAAGUGGUUUUCUAAAUUUCUACUCACUGGUGAAACAACCUGCCAAACUCCACCCGAGAAGCUGAUUCUCUAGCCACCUUAAAUAAACAUCUAAAGACACAUCUCUUGUGUGCACUUGACCCAAUUACUCUUUCUUCUUAAAAAAAAAAAAAAAAAGAAUUAGAAA